AGUUUGGUUUUCUUUCUGUGGGUUUACUAAUUCGUCGCCAAAAUAAAAGAAGAAGAAGAAGAAAUAAAAGAAGAAGAAGGGUUUACUAAUUUCAUGAAUUACAGCUAAAACAAAAAUGUAAUUACCUGAAUUUUAUGAUCGAAGAUUCUGAAUCAUAACGUGAAAUUUUCUUUACAUACCACUACGCAUCAAGUAUUUACCAAGUUUAUCAACAGCUCUAAAGUCCACAAAAAUGGCAGAUCCAAGCCUAAACUCGGAGCCGCUCUUCAUAGAGGUCCCAUUGGUGCCGACUGCGGCUCCGACACUUCAAACUGACAGCCAGUUCACGGUGACGUCACGCUGCCCGCGCCAGAAGGAACCCGAAGAGGUAGUGGUUAAGCAGGAAGCUGGAGAUGAGACGCAGGAAGUUAAAGAUGAUCUCCUGGACGAACUAAUGGCUCUAACAAGACCCAGCAAGAACGAACGUCUGCUCUGCGCCGAGUGCCACUACUCAACGACCACUGCGGAGUUACUUUUACGCCAUGUCAGGAAGAUGCACCGAGGGCUCAACCCGUUCCAAUGCUAUAUGUGUGAUUAUUCAACGUAUAACAAAGUGCUGUUUGAAGAACACAUACGGAUACACAGAGGCAUAAAACCCUUCAAGUGUUCCUACUGCGACUACUGCUCGGCUUCCAAGAAGAACACCAAGAAGCACGAGCUCAUCCACCGGCCCGACAACCCUCUGAAGUGCCCGCGCUGCCCGUUCAUAGCGCGCCACCAGAGGGCUCUGGUGUGCCAUAGGAGGGUGCACCCGAACAGUGAUGCAGAAGAAGACAAAGAUUUCGAUCCCAGUUCGAUGAUCAAGUGCGAGAAUUGCUGUGAAUUUUUCCAGACCACCAAACAAAUGUUGUCCCACAAGCGGUAUAAAAGGCAGUGUCACCAGUGCGACCAAAUGCUGUGUUCCAGGUUGGUCUACAGAAAGCAUAUGCAGGACAAGCAUCAAGUACAGUACAAGCAGAUUGAGAAACCGAAGGCGUUUCAGUGCGAAGUGUGCGAAUUCUCGACCAAUACUAAAGCGAGGAUGCUGUUACAUCUGAUACACCACCCGAACCAGAAUGUGGAUGAGAAUGUACUGGAUAUAUCUAUAUUGAGAAAGUACGGCAUUAUGGUGUGAAGCCAACAGUGUUGUGGCAAGUGGCAAGGCAAGCCAUUAUGGGCUUUAAGUACCCUAUGAAGGGCAUACUAAUAAAAUAUUGGGUGUUGACAGAAAAGACUCGAUUCUACCCGACCCUGCAAUGCUUGCAACAUUGGAUUCUUGUAAAUACACUUAUUUGUAAUUAUAAUAAAGUAUCAAGUUAUCAAC